GUGGCCCGGCUCGGCGCCCGGGGCCCCGGCGCUCCCCGCCGCGGCCCUGCGGGAGAGCUUCCACGGGAGCUGCCUGCAGCCCUGGACGCCCGCGCGGCGCGCCUUCGAGCGCCGCCUAUCGCAGCUGCGGCACCCCAGGGUGCGCGACCUGGCGUGGUCGGUGCUGAACCCGGGGCUCUGCAGCAGCGCAGACGCCGAGCACGGCAGCAGGGUGUGGACAGACGGACGCAUGCAGGAGCUGUUGGGUCCGGGGGUGUGGGACAGGCUCGCGGAGCUGCUCGCGACGGACCUGGACCCAUCUCCGCUAGAGUCGUGGCUGUCUGCGCACGAGCGCGCUGGAAGCCGGCUGGUGGGGCUCUACUAUGAGUCGCUGCUGCACUUCGCAUUCUCGGAGCUCGCGCAAGUAAGGGUGGCGCUCUACAGCGAGGGCGUCCCGACGACCGACCCCGAUGCCGCCGAUCCAGAGCGGCGGCCCAGGGGCGUGGUGGAGCUCUUCUGA